AUGCAGCCGACGGGCGACGGCUCCACCAGGACGGUCGAAGAAAAAUUACAGAGGAAGGAUAUGAGGGAUCCAUUUGAUGCACCGGUUGAUCUCAUUAAUGCGGACCAUAAUGGCGGGAAUCAAGUUUCCAGGACUGGUGCAGUGUCUGCUGGGGACUAUGGUUUACAAAAUGGUGGACCCAAAUCCUUUGCUCCAAACUCCGACACUCUAGUCAGGCAUCAACACCAGGGUGCAUCCUUGCACAAAGACUUAGUUGUGGAAGAUCCCAAUACUCGUAUCAUGGAUCCUGAGACCAAGGAACUUUACUUUAGAUCACAAUCACAAGAGGACGAGAUCUUGUUGCUUCGCAAGAAAAUUGCUGAGGCAUCUCUCAAGGAGCUGAGAUUGCUGAGUGAAAAACAUAUUCUGGAGAGGAGGCUCACAGACUUGAGGAUGGCUGUUGAUGAGAAGCAGGAAGAAGCUAUAUCUGGUGCUUUCAAACAAUUGAACCAGAAGAAAGCCCAUCUUGAGGACAAUAUGAGACUGGCAAAUGAACUAAAAGUUGAGGAAGAAGAGCUAUACUUUUUUACUUCUUCGUUGCUUAGCAUGCUAGCAGAAUACAAUGUUCGCCCACCUCAAAUAAAUGCUUCCACCAUUACAACUGGUACAAAGCGCUUGUACCAACAGAUGCAUUGGAAGCUCAGGUCUUUAAAUGACAAUUUAGGUGAUAUUACUCAACCUGGAAAUAUAUAUAAUCCCAAUCAUCAGCAAGUAACCCUAUCAAGAAAUGAACCUUCCCCAUCAUAUAAUAUGGAUUCAAAUAGGAAUGCUCUUCAACAGUAUGCUCAAGGUCCAAGUGACCGACAAAUUGAGCAAAUGUACCACGGAUCCAAUUUUCAGCAGGAUACUGGAGGUACUACUCCCUCUAAUUAUUUUGAAGAAGGAAGAGUAGAUGGUGACUCGCAGUUAUACCAACCUGAUGGUGAUGCUUUACCUGGUAUUGAGGGGUUUCAAAUUGCUGGUGAACCGAGACCAGGAUUUCAAUUAACAGCAUGCGGUUUCCCUACAAAUGGUACUACCCUUUGCAAUUUCCAGUGGGUUCGCCAUCUUGAAAAUGGUAUCAGGCAGUCUAUCGAAGGUGCCACGAUGUAUGACUAUGUGGUCACUGCCGAUGAUAUUGGCACUCUUCUUGCUGUAGACUGUACGCCUAUGGAUGAUAAUGGCCGCCAGGGUGAUUUGGUGACAGAAUUUGCUAACAAUGGGAAUAAGAUAACCUGUGAUCCAGAGAUGCAGAGUCAUGUUGAUGCAUAUAUUUCUAAUGGCAGAGCUGAAUUUGAAGUUUAUGUCCUGGCUUAUUCUCCUGAGGAAUGGGAAGUGGCUACAUUGGUGCUUACACGACCUAACUAUCAGAUUAAGUUCAAAAAGACCGGUGAAGUUAUAAUUGAUGAGAAGUACUCACAAAGUCUACAGACAAAAAUUCCAAAUGGGCGCACAACUCAAUUUGUUUUAGUAACUACUGGUGCAACUCUUCCAUUUAACACACUGGGAAUAUCAGAGCCAAACAAUGAGGAUCACGAUGUUAGGUUACGUGAUCUAAUCGUAUUAGUGAUGAGAACUUUCCAGAAAAAGGCUCUAGAUGCUAAAAGGAAAGGCAAGGCUUAG